GGUUGCCUUGAUUAGGCUGUACCGCAUUGCUGAAGUGGAUUUUGGCUUGCUGUUACUGCUCGUAUAUGACUUGCUUCUGCAUAGCUGAACACGACUCUCCCGGCUGUAUACCAUUGUUGCUGAGGCCGGUGAUAUGAGAUCUUGACCUUGAUCUUAAUGUGCUGUCUGGGUCGCUGGAUUCUUUCUGUCCGUGUUGUGCUCUGGCCUCACGCGCUGGUUCCAAUGCAUCGUGCUUCUCCUGGUCUCGCUCGAUCUUCCUGCGCUGCCGCUGAUCGGUAGGACCUGCUGUCGCCGACGCCGUUGCCGCCGCCGCCGCUGCUGCUCCUGGGUCGUUCGGUGUCUCAUAGUAGGACUUGCCGCGGUGCUGGCCUGCGGAUCCUUCCCAUGAGGACGCCGUGCCUGUGAUCUACCUGAAUUAAACUCAAAGAAUCUGGCCUUCAUUUUUGUUCCAGGCACUUCUCGUCACUGAUAGCAAUCGCAUGUGGCAAGCAAGCGUGCUGUACGCUGCUGAAGCGAGGUGCUUGGCAUCCAAAAAUAAGAGAGGAUGGGACAUGCUGCAUUUAUGAGGAAGGCACCCAAGGAGUCUCUGCUUCCACGUAAUUUGCAGAUGCCAUAGCGCCUUCUCGACAUUACAAGGCAGGCUGGCAGUCACUCGAUACGCAUUCUGGCCGAGAGACUAGGUCACAUUCAUUCAUGAAGGAAGUGUCGAUAGUUUUGCUCCAUCUCUGCAGGAUGCUCUUUUGCUACAUGCUAUCUCUUUGCAACUGCCCGGCAGCUCCUGGCUACCACACAUUGGGGGAUUUUGUCAUUGGAUCAGACAUGGGCUCUCUCUCUCUCUCCCUUGUGCCUACGAUUCGAUAUCCAGCCUCAAAGGCUUCCGUCCUCGACACGGCCGGCAUCAUCUUUUUCCCAUCUCAUGAGCGCGCGGUUCCUGCCAUUCUCUGAGCCCGUUACCCAAAGGUUUCGCAUGCAUGCCUCUUGCUCGACUGCUGCACCGUUCAAUCUGUGUCGAUCUCUGCUGUUCGCUUUUUGUGAGGGCGGUUCGGAGGUGGUCCUGGGGUGCGACGUGGCCAUGCCUCGUCUGCCCCAAGCCAGCAGUUAAGCGCUGUGACCGAGGAGUCAAUCCAUGGCAUCUUGGCCACCGCCUCGGUUGAUCCCUUCUCUUGUGCUCGUGCUGCAAUGGCGGCUGGUCUUCGACACUUUGUUGUUGGUGUCAACAGUCAGACCUGCUGGCCGCCAAGUGGAAAGAUCAGGUACAGCGACCGCCGGCCCCGCGGAUCUACGGCUGUGACGCCGAAGCCGCGCCAAGCAGCCCAUACAAUGCACCGGAUACCACACAUCACCAUGAUUGAUAAACGAAUCUGCUGCUGAGGAUGCAUGGCACUACAUCUCGAAGCUCCAACAAUCCGUAUCUCCAUACCUGUCGUGGUUGGAAAGAUACAGCGGUGUAGGGCAAAUUCGGUCGCUGUGGCGCGGGAGAGGCGGGGCCGAAUAUUGAGGAUAUAUAUUUGCUUCCAGAUCUUGCUUAAUCACCAGAACUGGGUCCGUGGUGCGAGUACAGUCCAUCAUACGAGCGCGUUAAGACGCUCAGACCCGGUUCUGCUAAAUAGGCCUUGCCAGCCUCUAAUGUGACGCCUAGCUGUACCGUACACCGCUCAGAAACACAUGCUAACUCAAAUGGUUGUGUAGGGAUAGCAAAGCAGAUGUAUAAUAUACAUCCGAGAACACUUUUUUUGUUGUUUCGGGGUACGAGUUCGACUCCAGCCAGGCUGUGACCAUUCUUUUGGCAAUUCUUUGCCAUGCUGUUCUGUACCAGCUCCACAGCUGCAUACGAGCAACACGACUGCCGUGUAAGAGCAGCAGGGUGAGUUCCGACUGCGCUCGCUCCAUACAGCAUGAUACCAUGGGUAUCGCAGAGGAUCGAGCCUCUUUUGCGUGCCCCGAGCACAUGGGCUGUGGUCUACACCCUGAGCUCCGCGCCAAGGUUUUCUGUUUCCGAAUCAUUCGCACUCCGUCGUCUGCCGCGCUCCAGGCGAGCUGGGCAUAUGAAACGAAAAUACACUACUGGAAGACAUUCGAGCACAUGUGAACAGCAUACAGUUCAGAGGCUGAUUGUUGAGGCAAGUCGGGGAAUGAGCUGACUCGAACAGGAGAGAUGGGAAUUUCCCCAUCGAAUUCACGACCACUGGUGAGUUUUAUUGCGAAUUGCAGGGUUCGAUUCGCGGUGAUGGAAGGCACUCUAUUGCACUGCACUUUCCUUCCACACAAAUUGCCAGGACAGCCUCCAUUUUUCGAAACCACACACAUCUGUUGAAUUGCCGAAUGAAUAGGCGUGGAAAAAUGGCUACCAUGGCACCCAGAUGCUACAUGCGACCUAUUUCCUUGCCCAUUGUUCCCCUCAAUCAGCGCCCAAGCAAUGAAUUGAUCAUGUCUGAGCCGAAUGUGGCUCCCGCACCGAAGACUGCAGCAUUGCCGAAUUUGUUACCCAAUUUCUUCAGGAACUCGUGGUGCUAGAACGAAGAAGCCAUGAUCAGCGCCAUGAAAGUGAUAAUGACGAUGAUGAUGAUGACAGAAGGAGAAGAAGUAGCAGCGCCCACCUUGGGAUGAUCUUUGUUCGCAGGAUGAUCGGGGUUGUUCAAAUUGCGAUGCGCAUCUUCCAGGAUCUUUCUAUCCUCGGCACUGAGGGUUUGCUGCUGUGGGCGGGCGACUGUCAGCUCUAUUUGUGUGUAUGUGUGUAUAUCUCUAUUUGGGACAGAAACUGCAGUUUUGAAGUAUCAGAUCAC